AUGAAGACCCAGUUUAUCCAUCCAGACCUUUGUCAAAAUCGCGAGGCUUCAACCGUGUAUCAAAAUGUUCAGUCACUUUGCAAACUGCAUGCCCAAGCUAGUCAGGGGAACAACACCACGGCUCUUGCCCCUCUACUACAGCAGCACUGUGCAGAACUCCUUCGCAAGUCUGGUCAUCCAGCUAGCUUCCAGGAGCUUCUCGCAAUCAUCCAAUCGUUACUUAUCCUCCAGUGCCUUCUCGUCCUCGAUGAGAGAACCGAUGAUGGCCCCUAUUCGGAAACAAUCAGCACUAUGCUCUCUAAUGUUGGCCGGCGUCUCUGGCAGCAAGCUCCUAUCCAACUCUCCCAUACUCUGAGUCCACGGGAGGCAUGGCUCUUCGCAGAGAGUGUUCGGCGGACAAUCAUCGUCGCGUUCAUGUUGCGCAGCGUAUAUUCGCUACUAAAGAGAAACUACUCCGUCCGCACUCCGUUUGUCGACUCAUUACCUUUCGAUGUUCGCACCCCCCUGUGGGAUACAGAACAUGAGGACUGGGAUGACACAACGCCUGUAUCUUUAGAAAACAUGGUUUCCUUGCAACAGUAUUCGACAUUGCUAGAGUCGGGUGCGGUCCAUGGUAUCUCGCCUUUCAGUGCUCUGAUAUUGGCUGCAUGUAAAGGCAAAGCUGUUUCCGACGUACCUUACCCGCCUGUUACAGGUUACAAGACCUACUGA